AUGCUCCAAAGAAAUAAUUUCAUCUGUAAACAGGCUGAAAGUGUUGCAGAUUGUUUAAUUGUGAAUACUGCUAUUGAACACAGCAUCCUGGGUAAUGAUUCCAACAUUGUGAUAGUAGCAGAAUAUAUUGAUCUGUUGGUAUUACUUACAGCAUUGGCACCAAAUAGCAGGGAAAUAUUUUUUCACAAGCCGGCCAAAGGAAAACAAGUGCAGCAACAUUAUUCGUCCAAAAGCCUUGAUUACUCGCCCUGUUUGAAAGAACAUGUCUUACUUUUACAUGCUAUAUCUGGUUGCGAUACAACCUCAUCAUUUUAUGGGAAGGGAAAAACAAAACUUCUAGAUCUUGUACUUCAAAGUCCAACUUUGCAGGAAGCAGCAGCAACUUUCAAGCAGCCGAAUGCUAAUAUUCAGGAAAUAUAUAGCAGUGAUGUAAAGUUAAUUCUUGCGUGCUAUAGUGCCAAUACUUAUUGA